CUACAGCCCGGUGUGACGACGAUUCGGUGACUUCGCGGCAGCUUAUUGGCCAGAGUAGUCAUUCCUUCUUUCGGCAUCAUGGCGCCCGUCUCUGUCUGGCUUCUCUUCUCUGUGAUCUUAGUAAUUUCCCUCCACGCAAUUGAUGCCGGGAGGGAUUUCUACUCAAUACUUGGGGUGCCAAAAUCUGCUACAACAAAUCAGAUCAAGAAAGCCUACAGGAAGUUGGCUAAAGAGCUACAUCCUGACAAAAACAAAGAUGAUUCUGAUGCAGAUGAAAAGUUCAAAGAUCUUGGUGCAGCUUAUGAAGCAUUAUCAGAUCCUGAAAAACGGGAAACCUAUGAUAGAUGUGGUGAGGAAUGCCUCCAGAAGGAGGGGAUGGGUGGAGGUGGUAUGGAUCCAUUUGCCAGUUUUUUUGGAGACUUUGGAUUUGGAUUUGGAUUUGGUGGUCAGGAGAGAGGCCAUGAAGUCGCACGAGGUGCUGAUAUUGCCAUGGACCUUUGGGUUACUCUUGAAGAACUCUACUCUGGAAACUUUGUGGAGGUAGUAAGAAACAAGCCAGUCAUAAAACCAGCUAGAGGGACAAGAAAGUGCAACUGUCGACCAGAGAUGGUCACUCGUCAGUUGGGACCUGGACGCUUUCAAAUGACUCAGCAGACUGUUUGUGAUGAAUGCCCCAAUGUCAGAUUGGAAAAUGAGGAAAGGGUCUUGGAAGUGGAAGUGGAACCAGGUAUGGUUGAUGGACAGGAGCAUCGGUUUGUUGCUGAGGGAGAACCUCAUAUUGAUGGGGAACCAGGGGAUCUCCUUUUUGUGGUACGCACCCAUCCACAUGACCGAUUUCAUCGCAAGGGAGAUGAUCUGUACACCAAUGUCACUAUUUCUCUGCAGGAUGCACUCACAGGCUUUGAAAUGGACAUUGAGCACCUGGAUGGCCACAAGGUGCAUAUUAAGAGGGAGAAAGUGACAUGGCCUGGGGCACGAAUCCGGCGCAAGGGAGAAGGCAUGCCCAACUAUGAAAACAACAAUCUUUAUGGAAUGCUUUACAUCACAUUUGACAUAGAAUUCCCCAAGAAGGAUUUCACUGAAGAAGAGAAGGAAGAAUUGAGGAAGAUCUUGAAUCAGGACAGUGUGAACAAAGUCUACAAUGGGUUAUGACGAGGCUAGCAUUCAGGAGGCCUUUAUGGAAACUGGGCUGUCUCACUGUGAUCUCAUCCAUCUGUUUAUCCUGUUUGAGAGCUCUCAUUCUACUGUAUUUGUUUCUGCAUCUUUAAAUACCGGUACUUGUUCUAGUGUGGAGAUUCAUGUUUGUGACACUUGCUAUCACCAAAAAGGGCAUGAAAACUUCCUGUUUUGAAAUUUGGGUUUGUUUGGACUUGGACUGGAUUUCAGUUUGGGUAUUUGCACUUGUGAUAAUCAAAAUAAUCAAAAUCAUUAUUGCAACCCUGGGAUGUUCUCCCACUUGAGGAGAUAUGGUUAUUAUGAUAGUAAUAUAGGCUGAAACCAUGCAUACAACUAAGUUUUAUGGGAAAUCGAGUGUCAAGGAACUACAAACCAAAUGAUGUCUUAUUUCUUUCCUGUGAAUUUUUUGUAAUCACCCUGGGCAUAAACAAUUUUUAUGGGUCAGUUGUAGGCCCUAUUUCCAUGACCAUGGGUGAUAUAAACCUGCCUGUGAUGAGG